GUUGUCUUGCUUGUCACUGUCAGAUCAGGGUCAGCCCUCAGCCGGAUCCCGGCUAACUUCUAAACAAUAAUAAAUAGGUAAAGCAAAUAUUGCAAGUCUUGAAAGUGAAUAAAUGAUUGUAAAUUAAAAUGAUUAAAAUAUCAGCUUUGAAUAAUGAGUCAGAAGAGGAAAGUGGAACAGAUGAGGAGGUGACCAAAGAAGCCUUGGAACAAAUCGCGCUUCAACAAUAUUCCAAGGCUUUGGAUUUGCAAAAAAAGGGAUGUCUUUCCGAAGCUACACAACUUCUCAAGGAUUUGUUGGACACAGAGUUGCUCUAUGACGUUAAGAAGCCUGCUCCAGGUGAAAAAGUUACUAGUCCAUUGUUUAAUUUGAAGUAUUUAUGCUAUAAGAAUUUGGCAUCAAUGUUAAGUACUGCUGGAGCAGUUGACGACGCUAUUGAAUGCUACUGUUCGGCCACUGAUCUCGACGACACGGACGUGACGCUCUGGCACCGUCUUGGCCAGCUUUGCAUGAAGGCUAAAAAGUAUGAAAUGGCUCUCCAAGCCUUCCAACGUGGUACUGAUCGCAAUCCUCGCCAUUGGCCGUGUCUGGAUAAAAUCGUCACAUUACUCUUAGGCUUAGAUUGUAAAGAAGAAUGUAUCUUUACUAUUUAUGAUGCUCUGCAAUUAGAUCCAGGUUAUUUGCGAGGGCUAGCUUACAGGAAACACAUUUAUACAACAUUUAAUUACGUAAGAGAAUAUUUGGAGUAUCUCAACCCUAUGUACAAGUGGAGUGAGAAGGACGAUGACCCUAUUGAUGAAGAAAAAGCAGAGAAAUUGCUGAAGGAAGCUGAAGAAAUCCAUGAAACUUUUCUGGAACAACAGAGAGCUGAGCAGUUUAAAUGUUUGAUGCCAGUUUUAGAACUAAAGAAACCUAUCAGUAAUUUCUCUUGGGCUUCGGUUGGAGAAUCAUUUGUGCACAUGCACCAUUACAUGACUGAACAAUGCUUUAGCCACGCAUGUCAUGUCAAGGUGAUCUUUGAGACAGAAGAAAAAGUUGAACCAAUGGACAUAACAGAAGAAUCUAAGGAGUUAGAAGUAGUUGAAAACAAACCAGAAGACACUAACACAGAUGUUGAAAAAAAUGCUGAAAAUAUUUCAGAAAAUGAAAUUAAUGAUUUAUCAGACAAAGACAAAGCUGCUACUGACACGGAAAAGGUUGAGAGUGAUGUAGAAAUGGUCCCAGUCGAGCAGACUACUGAAAGUCAGCCGGAACCUAAACAGAAGAAAACAGCAGGAAGGAGAAGAGGCAGUGACCUCAGCUUCUUGCAGCAGUGGGAAUGGUGUAAUAAACGGCGCUCUGGACGUAAGAAGCCCGUAAAUAACAAAGACAGAUCUGAUGAUAACAUUUAUGAUUUGCUGAGAAGAAUGGUCCCAAUUUGUUUGUCUCCUGAAACUGUUCAGAAAAAAGAACAUCAGGCUAGAGAAGCAUCACCAGACUUGACUGAUAUUGAUAAAAUGUUUGAAGAUAAGGAUAAAGUUGAAGAAGUUAAAGCAGUUGAGGAAUAUUUUGGAUCAGAAGAAGAACAAAAGGAUGUUAAGGCAUUUAUAACAAAAUAUACAGAAUCUGCUAAAGAUAUAAUUGAUAUUUUAAAAGAUUUUCUUAGUAUUUUAUCUCAAAAAUGGAAAAUACAAUGGCCUGAAAAUCUUCAAAAAAUUUUCAUAGAAGCCAGCAAAUGCUAUCAUAUACAUGUUGACGUGCCGUCAUAUGCAAAUGAGGAUACUGACGAUUUAAUACAAUAUGCUUUUGUUAAUAUAUUGGUUGAAGAGUUUUCUGUCAAUGAAAAGUUCAAUUUAAACCAUGAUGAGAAACAAAAUCAUGAUUUAAGUGUUAUAGAAACUAUUGGGAUGGGAUUGAACAUGAAGCCACAUCUGUUUUUAAGUACAGACUGUUUAGAACUGACGCUGAGACAUCUAUGGGCAAAGUUACACAUCCACAUACUGAACAAAUGUGAAGAAUCAGCUUUGGACUGCCUUUAUCAAUUAUAUUAUGAGUUUGAAGCCAUGGGUGAAUAUCACGACAAAUACAAUUUAAAUAUAAUAAAUUUCACAUUUAAACCUGCUAUAAAUGAAAGCGAAAUAUUAGCUUACAUUAAAUUUCUAGAGCGAAACAAAAAGCUUUCCACAGUCAUGGACUUAUACAAUCACUGUAACUAUGAAGAUGUAUUGUCAAUUGUUAUUGACUCUUUUGAACAUUGUAAAACUAUGGCGAAGAAACAAGAAGAAGAAAUGUCAUUAGAUUUUGCAGUACAACUCGCUCUUAUUUUAGAUACUUACUGGGCACUGGAUAAAGUAGAUGAAUGCUUCAAAUGGUCAUUGAUCUGUUUACAUGAAGCGUUGAAGCAUUAUUUUCGAUAUACAACUGGAUCGUCAGAUUACGAAAAGUGGACUUUGACUGUUGUUAAAAUACUAUGUUGUAUGGAACACAUACUAGUAACAGAAGGAUUGUCAUGCUUAGACGAAGUUUCUCGCAAGGAACUAAGCCAAGGUUUGGAAGACAUAAUAAGGAUAAUUGGCCACCAAGUGGAGACAAAUGGUUCAGAAAUGCCUUUUGGCACAGUUGUUCCUUGGAUUAUCAUGCACUAUAUAUUGCAAAGGGAGGAAGACCAAGGUAGAGGGAGAACUGCAGAAGACAAGGACAAAGUAUCAUGUGAUGAUAUUCCUAAUCCAUUGAUGGUUUUGUUCAUAGCUCAUGAACAUUUGGGAAACAGAGGAUGGUGUGCGGCAAAUGACGCUAAAUUAUUAUAUUUCACCCUAGAUAUAGUGGUCCCGCGACUACGUUCUCCGAUUCUGGCGAAGUCUCUAGAACAAAUUUGCCAGUACAUGGAGCAAUGUGUUUACUGUCUCUUUGGUCAUCCUACGAAGAAACAGAAGUUGAAAUAUUUGAUUGACCAUAAUGUAACUGCUCAAACUUUGGAUUGGAAAAGAGCUCAGCAGCUGUACGAAAUUUUUAGGCCUCCAAUUCUACCAGCUUUAGAAGGAAAGAUCUCUGGUAUCACGGCUGACACUGAACAGUUAUUCCAUCAUAUUCUCGCGCUUCUUCCUCCAGAAUGCGACCCACAAAAAUAUGUCGUAGAAAUGGAUAAGUAUAUAAAACAUAUUGAAGACAAGCUUCCUAAAGUUCCACCUCUAUUGCCUUAUAAAAUGAAAGAUAUUUAUUUUCUCUUGGGCGACUAUUACUUCAAAAAGGAGGAAGGAAAAUUGUCUGUCAAAUACAAUACUUUGGAUGUUAUUAUAAAUAAUGACCGUUUGGAAUCAUGGGCUGAAAUAUCACUGGCUAAAGUAGUUAUUGUAGAAAGAUUGAUAAAUUCCUUAAAGAAUCUCAAUAAUGAAAGAGACGUUUUGAACCCUGCAAGGUCUAUAAUUCGAUGUUUUAAACGAACGUUGGAUCUGGAUCCCACACAUUGCAACAUGUGGAUAGAAUAUGGCAUGUUUGUGUACAUGGUGCACUCAUUUUGUUCAAGAUUGUUAAAACAAGCCAGUGAGUCAUUGAGCAUGGAAGAUUUUGAGUCUUUAGAGAAACAGAAAGAAAACAUGUUAGAUACAACGCAGAAAUGUUUUACCACAGUUUUGAGCGAUUUGAAUAACAGUUAUGACAGUGAAAAAGCGAAUGAAGAUUCCUGGCUACAGUAUUACAUGUUAGGGAAAGUUGCAGAAAAACGUAAUAAACCCCCUUCCGUAUUUUUACAGUAUUAUAUGCAAGGCGUGAAAAGUUUACAAGAAACCAAUGCAACAUAUCCAUUAAAAAUUAAUUACAACACUCCAUCUCAUUUGUGUAUAGAAGUAUUGGAAUUGCACUAUAGAAUUCAUGCAUCAAUUCUUAAAUAUAUCGAGCAACACGAGGAUAAGCCUAUACCGGCAUCAAUUGGCAAAGUUUUUAUGGAAUGUAUAGAGGAAUGGAAGAAUGGACCGUUUGCGAAGAAAGCUAAGAAAGAUGGCACGUCGGAAAAUGAAGUGGAAGUAAAACCAACAGAGUCAGUUCAAGCAGCUAACAUUUUAAAACGGUCAGUAAGUGAUGCCGGUGAAGAAGAAACGCACGAAACGAAACGUUUGAAGCUGGAAUCUGCGGCAGCGAAAGUUCGCAGAUCAGCGUCCUAUGACACUGAUAGAAUCUCUAAAGAUACUCCACUGGCAGGUCCAUCUGCUGAACCUAAUAUAGAACCAAAACCUCUGGAAGUAGUUCUCGAGAAAAAAGACGUGCCAACAGAAGAAGUGACGAAGACAGAUGCUAAAAAGGUAGAAGAAAAAGUUGAACCACCUAAAGCGUCUGUUCCUGAAAAUAAGAAAGAAAGUGAUACAGAAAAGAAGGAAGAAACUUCAAGUGGCACAUCGACUUCGUCAUCAUCAGAUUCUAGUUCCAGUGACUCUACUUCAGACAGCACUAGCGAUUCCAGUAGUGAUGCGUCGAACAAAUCAGUUGACUCUAAGCCAUUGACUGGCGACGAAAUCAUGAAUAUUGUAUCCGCCUGCUUAGAUGCCCUAGAAGAUUGUUCUAUCAGGUUUCCGCAACAUUAUAAAGCUAUUUAUAGAUUGGCCCAUUAUCACUUUUACUUCAAAAAAGGGAAGGACAUUGAAAGGUGCCGUGAUCUUAUGCUUUCGAAUUUUACUUCAAGAUCAGGUCAAAAGUUGGCUGGUUUAUUUAGCGAACGCAAAACGUCCAAUUUCUUUAAUAACAUUUGGAAGAUACCAGUUUCAGAGGUAGACAGAGCCGGUGGAUUUACGUUCCAUAUGAGUCGCUGCGUCCUGCUGACAAUGGAAAUACUGAAAGAGAUAGAUGAUCAUAAAACUUUGUUAGAUUUGAGUCUACAUCUUCAAAGAAUACCGGAAUCAGAUAAAAAAUACAUACGCGAUGCCGAGAGGGAGGAAUUAGCACAACAAGCGUUCUCUCUGUGUGUACAAUCGCUCAGAGGACAAUUGACUAAAUUUAUUCAGCAAGCAGACUUGAAAAGCAAUGAAGUUGAAAAACUAGCGCUCAAAAGUCUCACAUUGGAUAUUUACAGAGCAUACCACAGGACACAAAAACAGGCUCAAAGUAAUUCGAAGCAAUUUUCGAAUCUACUCGUCGAAGCUUACAAAUUGAUCUGUCCGACCCCUAUAACAGAAAACAUGAACCUCGUAGAUUUGAGUUUGAGGUAUUGUCAAUCGUUGACGCAAAUUUUGAAGCAGCAGGCAACACAGGCUAUUUUAGACAAAAGCCAAAAAGCUGAGAAAAAGCAAAACGCUAAAACAGCAGAGGUGGUCAAAGCUCCGUCGUCUACUUCGGCUCCCGUCGUGUCGUCUAGUAAACAUGAUCACAAAUCAACACCAUCUACGUCAACAGCACCUACAGGUUUACCGAAAAUGUCUCCCCACGAAGUAUCAGCAGCUAUACAAAGCUACCUUACCAUGUUAAAUGACCCACUGUCGCAACAGGCUGCAGCUGCAUUAUCUUCCCUUUCUUACCUCAGUAACCUAUCUGCUUUAGCAGGUUAUCCCACACUUCAAAGCACUUUACAUUCCUCGAUGCAAAAGUCGCUCACAAAUUCUUUCCAAGCAGAGUAUUACCGUCAAUUCCUUAACCAGAGCUUUUCGUCCUACAACUUGCCGGCGCCUGCUCCGAAAAAGCAAAAACGCGGCCCAAAACCUACAUAUCCAUUGCCACGUCAAGUCCCGACAACCACGUCUCAAGUCAAGCCAGCUAAAUCGUUUGCAACCGCGUCUGUGAUCACAACAGUUUCCAAGUCAUCAACGUUAACAGCUCCAAGUUUACAAAAGUUGACUUCAUCUCAUAAUCUUCCCAAAUCGACUUCUAAUAUCUCGAAGGCGAGUUCUAGUCAAAAAUCUGUAUCUACCGGUCAUCACAAGUCAAUCCCAACGGGCAGUCUUCAAAAAUCCGUUUCUGCGCCGUUAGCGCCAUCAAUGGGCACAGUGUUGCCAACUUUACCGGCAUCGAUGACCGCGAAUCUGUCAUCUUUCGGCGCGUCUGCUCAUCCGACGUUUGCGUCCACACAUUCUCAGCCUGCAAACGCGCACAUGUCUAACGCUAUAACAGUGAACGCUGCUGCACAUACAAAACCCCCGAAGCCCCACACGCAAGUCAGUCCCGGCAAAACGUUGCAGGAAAAGUUGGCAGAACGUCAGAAACACAUGCCUAAGACGAGCCAGUCGAUGUCUGCUCAAGAUAUAAACGCUUCUAUAAGCAAGUUGCCUUCCUCGCUAACAAUAACAAAGACUUCAGUUCAGAAACCACCGGUCCAAGGGAAGAAGACUGAAGCGAAGAAGUCGUUGCCGUUCAGUAACGAAGCACGACCAAAGCCUAUAUCUUCGGAUGAAGUGAUUGUACUUGAUGAUGAUUAAAUGGACAUUUAUUACGAGAUGUCGCGACGAAGUAUAAUAUUUAAUUGACAAAAGAUUGUGGUAAUCAGAAAACUUUUUAAAUUGGUAACAGAUCUACAUGCAUGAAAUGGAAAGAUCUAUAUUAGAAGAGUUCACAUAAUAAAAUAUAUAAUACUUUACCAAUUUAAAGGUUUAUAUUCUAUUUUGAUAAUCAUUUAAGAGAAUUUUGUAUGAUAUAUUCGAAAUGAAUACAACUAAAUCCUUUAAUUAAUAAUUUUAAUAUAAAACAAAUUUAUGUACAAUAGACUUAGGUAUACUGAUUAUCUCAUAAUUGAAUUAAACAAUUCUUUUAGAUAA